AUCCUGAAUCGUUAGUACUGCCGCCUCCUCCCCUGGCUCCGCCCUCGGUGGCUCAGUUUUCCUCUCGGACGGAGAGGAGGGAAGAGCACAGACAAGCAGCGGCUGCCAGUGAGGAGGAGCCGCACGGGUCAGGAGCAGGAGCGCAGGGAGUGUCCCAAGAACCGUGGAGGAAGAUGCUGAACCCCUGAGGCCUGUCCGCUGACCAUGCUGACCUUGGCAUCCCCUGUCCUCCUUGCUAGGAUGCUCUGGGCCCUCCUGCUCCUGGAUGCCUCCUUCAGUGCUCAGAAAGGAAGCUGGGACAACCCUACCUGCACCCAGGGCGUGGUGUCUGUGCCCAGGGGGGCACGUGCCAUGAUGGCCUGCAACAUCUCCAACCCCUUCUCCAACAUCACCAUCUGCCUGAGUGUGGCGGCAAGGACGGACUGCCAGUACAUCUUCAGGAAUGCCCCCCAAGGAAACACCUCUCAGGAUGGGUGGCACCUGCGGGUUCAAGGAGGCAUGGCACAGCUUGUGAUUGAGGACGCCUGGGACAAUCAGUCUGGCCAGUACAAAUGGCGUCUCCAAGGAGGCCAGAUAAACGUUGGAAUCACCACCCUGAAUGUCUCAGAGCCCCAGGACCCACUCUUCACACCUUACCCAGGCCCAGAGUCGCCACGCCCCCUGCAUGAGGUGGGGAGCCAGUCUGAUAUGGUCUUUGUCAUCCCUGUCAUUGUCAUCCUCUUCAUCCUGGUGCUCGGCAUGUGGGCCUGGUGCAGAAGGCGCCAUUCCCUGAAGCUCUCAAAUAUUCCGCAGAGGGGUUGGUUCAGAGCCCCAGGAACAUGGGCCUGUUGGGAGGGUGAUCCAGCCCUCUGGGCAUCUGGCAUCAAGCCCCAGGAGCCCCACCCUGACCCAGAGGCUGCCAGCACAGGGUGAUCACAGCCCAAGCAGUGGAGGCCUGCUUGUCCCCGUCUCCCCCACCCGGCUGACAGAUACCUGUGAACCCAUCAGCACUGGUCUGCUGGCCCGGAGACCUGCCCAGUGUGCGGUCUU